AUGCCAAAGAUGAGAUCACCAAGUAAUAUACAAAACGAACUGCCCAAGAAACAACAGCGCAAUUGCAAGACUUCAACUAACUCGGUGACUUCGUACGAUUACAAUGAUGAACCUAUUGGAAAAGUGUUCACUGACAAGAAAUUCAUAGAUCCAUUACAUGGACUUUUGGUCAAAAAUCAACGACUUUUAUCAAAAAUAAGAAUUGAGCUUCCAUAUGCUUCCUUGAAUAAUCUCAACCAAUCAGGUAUCAAAAGUAAGGUUGACUUUCCCAUCUUUGAAGACGAACAGAAAUUAACUAGUAACACCGCCACAUCAAAGACUUCAAGAGAGCAAGACUCACCCCGUCAAACAAAGGAGGAAUCCGGAGACAACCUUGCUUGCCACGCAAAUAAUAUUCUUCGCAUGGCCAUUGAUUCAACGAUGAUGAGUUCAAUGAAUUCAAUUACGUUGCAAAAUAUCAACAGCGAAUCAUUUGAUGAAAAUGGAUAUCCAAAGGAAAGUGGAGUAGCAAGAAUUGAGAUUAAUGAGGAAGAAAUUCGAGCUGCAAUAAAUGGGUGA